AAAGAAACCAAAUAGCAAAAUAUGAUCCUUGAGAGAGGCUUCUUAUAUAUAAAGAAGUCGAUCUGAAUUGAAGAAUCAAGGUUGAAAUGGGGAUGCUGGACUGCAUCAACUGUAAUCUCUUAGGAUUGAAAUACCAUAAGAAGAUGAAACCCCAUUUCAUCAUGUGGCUUACCCUACUUGUUGGAAUUGGAGCUAAUUUAUUCACCUCAUCUCAAGGAGUCUCAAACUAUGAUUACUCAGCUCCCAUAGAAUGCAAGCAUCAACCUGAUAGGCCACUAUAUGGGGGAGGGCUUCUCAAGGAUCAAGAGCCUCAGUAUCAAUGGGUCAGAAAUGUGUGGGGAUAUAGGGUUUAUGUCCCUACUUAUAUACUGCCCGAACUCAUACCGGGCACUUAUUAUGCCUUUUCCAGUUGGGUGAAGACGAGUGGAGGAGACGGUAAUUCUACAGUUGUAUGGGCCAAUGUGGGAUCAAAUGCAAGCAAUUGUGGAGCCACUGUUAUUGCCAAUCAAGGGUGUUGGAGCUUUCUUAAGGGAGGUUUUUUCUUAAAUGACGCUUUAAACACAUCUGUCGUCCAUUUUGAGGAUUUCAGUGGGAAUAAUAUCCAUAUAGAUGUGGCGAGUAGCUCACUGCAGCCAUUCUCAGAAGAAGAAUGGGCAGCACAGCAACAGGAUAUGAUUGAGAAGGUAAGAAAACGUGAGGGAGUAAUUACAGUCUCAAAUCAACAAGGGCUUAAACUACAAGGAGCCAACAUCACUGUGGAGCAAAUUUCCUCAGCCUUUCCCUUCGGAACAGCAAUUUCAAAAGCCAUCCUUUCAAACGUUCACUAUCAGG